GUUGAAAAGUGAAAGAUAUUUGCAAAUGGCUAUGGUCUUACAUGUGUUGUACAUUUCUUCCUUCCCCAAUUCAUCUCCAUUGACAUCCUUUAAAGCAUCAAACAUCUCAGUCUCACCACCACAUUCUAAGUCUCUGAUUCUCAAUGCCACUCCUCUCUCUCUUAGAGGAACAAAACAUUACCUAUUUUCCAGACAUAGAAGUAGAACCACCAGAACCAGAGCAACUCUUGAUGACAUUGAAAGAGACAACCUUUCCUCAACCCCACUUCUUGUUGAGGACGAGAACCCCAAAAAGGAAGUAGAGGAAAGUGUGAAAGUGUUAAAAAAUGCAGCUAAGACAAGAAAGGUAGCAGCAGAGGAGGUUCUUUCUGCACUGUCUGUCAUUGAGAAAGCAAAAAUUGAUCCUUCUGGUUUUCUUGAAACCCUUGGCGGAAAGGAAUCCCCUGGGAGGACCUGGAUGCUAAUUUUUACUGCUAAGAAACAAUUAAAAGGUGGUCGAUAUUUUCCUCUCACAGCUGUUCAGAGGUUUGAUGCUGCUGCAAAGAGGAUCGAAAAUGGCGUAUAUCUUGGACCGAUUGGACAAUUAACAUUUGAAGGCAGACUUUCAUGGAAAAAGAGAAUAUUGGCUUUCACUUUUGAGAAUCUACGAAUAAGAGUUGGACCUUUGAAACCUCUACAGAUCAGCCUAGGAAACAAGGAAGACAUGGAACCAGGUACCAAGGAUCCUUUUUUCAUAUGGUUUUAUGUAGAUGAGGAAAUAGCUGUUGCUCGAGGCCGGAGUGGAGGAACUGCGUUUUGGUGUCGGUGUCAGCGUGUCAACGUUUGAUUCUUCUUAGCUCCAAAGAUUCAUGUAGAUAAUUGUAAGCAGUUGAAGUUCAGGUGGAGUUAAAUUUAUUUGUACUUGUAUACUGUAUAGCUGUUUACAUAAAAACCAGAAAACUGAAAUUUAUACUUUGGAUUGAAGUUUUUGUUUCAUGAUGAUGGACCACUGCUGUCGAAAAUCGGGUCAGGCCAUUUGUGAGGAAAUAAUUAUUCAACGAUCAAAGAGAAGAUGAUUUAAAAAGUAAGAUAAGAAGAGGAAGAAAAUAAAGAUUCUCCACCAGGUCCAGUUACAUAAUUGAACAAGUCAAUGUGAAAUUGUAUGCUUCGGAAUGUGUUUAACUAGAAAAGAAAUUUUAAAUAAUAUAUUUACUACGUAUUUUCCUUGUGCUCUUUUUAAUUUGGUCGUUAGUUAUAUUCUCUUUGGCGGAAACAUAAUGUGUCAAUCA